ACGCGAAGCACACAUGCCGCUCAACCUCAAGCCGAAAUGGAGGCGGUACGACGACUGAAGCACAAUCUUGACAUCUUUGAGCCGGUAAACUUUGAGAUGUUCGUCCAGCAGAAGUACAAGCUCCCGACCGGCGAGCAGCAAGAAGACCGGUUGCACACAUACACUCAGGCUGUCGAGAGUCCGCUCGGUGGUGAUCUGCACUUCAACGACUGGUCAAGCUUUGCUCAAGAAUACCCGUUGUUGGCCGCAAUGGCCACGCAGAAACCGCUUGAUUGCAACGUGAUUGCGGCAGAUGCGUCCGUUGGCUUUCCUACCGAAAGCUUCAAGGAUCAGCCACACAUUGAACUCGGCAUAUCUUUCGUCUGCACAAGCCAUCAUCUUUCGCCGAACGCGCGGGUGCGAUACCGCUACUCUUUCUAUCGCAAGGGCCAGCGAGUUGCGGAAGAGGAUCACGAUGCACCGAUACAGCUCUCUGAACCGGCUCACCAAUACGUCACCACCUCGUUGAAGUUCGGCAGCAGUUUCUGGGCUCGUCUGUUGCAUAGCCUUUCUCACCGUCUUCAGAAGGAAGCAGUCGAAGGGGACGGAGACGCAAGCGAAGAAGUCCGCGAUGUACUGAGCGGUAUCACUGCGAUACUUGAGGUUAUAGUCGUGUCCCCUCAGCACGACCAUGAAAGGAUCCUUGUGAUGUGCUGGACUUUCCGCAAAUCUAGUGUCGCCACUGGACGCGCAAGCUGGAGACGCAUCAAUGUGCCCAGCCAGACCGCCACCCAGUAUCAAGAGCCUGCGAAGCCCGAGCGUACUGACUCGCUGUAUGAUUACGCUACGAGCACGCAAUAUGUGGAGAUCCCUGCCGCAUCCCAGCUGCAGCAACCGCCGGCUUUGCAAUCGCCAUUCGAGUACGAAAGCAGUUCAGGAUCAGCGCUGUCCUCCGCCACCUGGCCGACGUCCUUCAGCGAAGGCAGUGUCAGCAGUGCACAGGCAGCCAACAUUGGCAGCCUUGCCGCAGACAACAGCUUUGACUUCAACGGCGGCAACAUCAACCUCAACUAUGACCCGCUGGACUUCAGCUUUUUCGACGGCAACUUUGACAGCUCAACCUUCAACCUUGACAGCUUCACUACGACGAAUACUGAAGCUGCAUAUGAUCCGUCACUUGAUGCAUAUCCGCAACAAUGGAUCGAAGGCUACGCGGAUGACUUGGAGGCCGAACAAGCUGCGCUGAGUGCCGUAACCGCAGACACCAGUUUCGGUGCAGGAACACAAGUCGACGUUGGUGGCAGUCAAGCACUUGGGGCUGGCUACGCUGCGCAGUACGAUGAGCAAAUCUACGCAGCACCGAUGCAAGAGCAACAAGCGUACGGCGGGGCGGGACCGGAUGGCUUCAAUGACGAUGCCCUGGCAGCGUUAGCGGACGCUUCAUGUAUGAUGAAGCAGCAGUCGCUCAGUGAGGUGCCUUGAUGUGAAUGUGGUUAAUGUCACGUGUGCAAGCCCCAACGAGGUGCUGAUCUGCCGAAGAAGGGACAAUACUGCAGCGCGCCCGUAUCUUGCGUACCGAGUACAUGAACGGUGAUCCAUCGAUCAAGUGAUCUCGUCGUGUACCUCAAGAUAACCCAUCCC